AUGCCUGGCUUCAGUGGCGCAUGCUCCUACGACGAAGGAGCCGUGCUGGUGUUGCAGUCCCCUUUCUUCGUCGAUGAGUUCAACCUGAACUGGAACGAUAUGGCGUUUUCAACUGUUACAUUCUCAACUGUUACAUGAAUUUGUCAUCCAGAACUACCAUCAAGAUCCAUACGUGGAAGCUGCUUCGCAUGACAAAUUUGCGAAGAGCUAAACAGCGCCUAAAUCUGUGCAGAACUUGUAAUUAUACAAGAGGUGAACACGCUCCACACGUAAAAGGUUAGGCUUGUCGCUUUUCGCUUCUUUGUCUUUCUAUUCGCACUGUAACGCUACACUUGGGGCCUUGAGCGUCGACCUAAACCUUACGAAAAUUCCAAUCGUAAAGCCUACUAGUAUGCGGCCUUGCAGCUUUUUUCAGAAUGUCGCUGAGAAGAAAGCUGUCCAUUUGUCUUGUCCGAUGUGCCCGCUUUAUCGUGUUUUGCAUCACACAUGCAUGAUGCUGCAUUCGUAAUUCAAUCGCAAACUGAGCACCAACAUCAAAAACAUCUUUGCGCUCACAACUCGAAAGCAAGAGCUUCUUUUUAUUCGCCGCUUGAAAAUAGUAACAUCUUUACAGUGGAAUUUUCUGAGGAUUUGAUUUGUGCCUUCGAUCGUCAUCAUCUUCUUCUUCUUUCUUUUCUUCAUCGCUGUUUCUUCGAUUUUGGAACGAGUGGAGCGCGUUCAUCUUCUUUUCUGGUAAAAAAUCCACCCGCGCCGUACCGUUGCGAAUUCAGACGCGUUAACUGGUAGAGCUUCAUUUUGUGCCUCCUUGUAUUGUGUCGCCCAGCCUUCCGCUCCGAAAAGUUCCCCUUCGUAAUGCAUUGCCGUUUUGUAGGGUGCGAUGCGUAGCCCGCACGCCUCCGGAUUUGUGCCCCGGAAUUCUUAAAAUAUAAACAUAGCCUAGGACUGGCGAAGGGAUUUAUUAGUUUUAGUGUCGGAACUAGUACCGGAUAGCGCCUAGCUAGGAUUUCAGCAAUUUUACUCGCCCGACCCGUGGCCGGGCUUCCCGUAUCUUUUUCUCUAGCUGGUGUCUCAUCCGCUUGCGUUUCGCGUAGCAGUGGCAAUUUCGCGCGAACUUUUUUGCUACUCCGGCGGGCCCACUGGUCACGUCUUAUGUGUGUCUCGACAAAAACAGCCGCGAGCUGUUUCACCCCUUCAAGAAAAUCGGGCAGCGUAUCAGAGUACCGCAAAAACCGCAGCACUGCGCUGCCUGCCACCGCAAGUGCUGUCUUUCUAUGUGUGUUCGAGUCCAGCCAUAUAUGGAAAUCGGAAAACCUUGAAAGAGAAACUAUUCCGCUUUUCAUAUAGCCUUAUCUGCGGUCUGCCCCCCUGGUAAUCGAACAAGUCAGGUCCAUGAAGUUAACCCGGCGCCUAGUGUCCUUCGAGUCUUUUUCACAUUUCAGCGCCCCGUAGACUUUUUCAGGCAAAAGCUAGCUCCGGACUGUUCACCGUCAACAGGUCGUCUAUGAAUCGAAAAACAUAGCGGAAAUUCCUAGCGUAGUCCCUUGCGCUUCUUGUUCCGCCUAGCAGCUUUACUAGGAGGUGCUGACACUCUUUGCGCCACAGGUAUAAGCUUGCUACCAGCGGCCCGGGGUUUAUCCCGAUCGGAAUGCCGGUCGUCUGCUGGCAAAGGAAUUUGCCCAGCCCCAUCACAUAGGCGCUAUGUGUCAUCAGCUUGAAAAGUUCAAAAACUUGCCUCCUAUUUAGCGCAAACUCCGUCACUGGUGGAACUUUACCACUAGAGUCCGCGGGCGGGUUUUGGUCUAUCGGUUGCGAAGUCCAUCGAACAUCGCGCCGCCUUGUUUCGCCGUACUCUUUUGGCGCUGACUGCUACGCAUGGCCUACUUGGCAUGAAGGCAAACUUGAAAACCCAAUCAAAUUCUUCUCGCGAGUCAUCCUGGUCCAGCAUCGUGUAUAAAGUCGAAAAGUCAUAAGUCGCCACGUCCUGCACUCUGUGAGUGGGCCGCUUCGCUAGUUGGUCCAGUACUUCUAUCGAGUUUUUUAGGACCCAAGAAAACUUCGCCACCCCGUCGACUCCUUUCUCUUCGCAGUAUUUCUAGCUAGAGGCGCAGCCUCCGUGUAAUGUUAGAGGUGCAACCUCCCGUCUUUCACUUUUGCAAUUCUUCUUGCGUCACAAAUUCAUGUAACAGUUGAAAGUGUAAUAAUUGAGAACGCCAUAAGCGACCUUGUCGACCCGUACACGGGAAUGAUGGACUUUCGGUCAGCCACCGCGUACUGCAAGGCGCUCUACGACUGCGCCUACGUCGUGGAGGACACGCCGGCCGGGACGGACGGAGACGAGUGCACGCUCCUCCGGAUAGAUACGGUAUACAGUGCCAAGGAACUGUAUGGGAGUGUCAGGAUCGAAAUCGUCAGAGUUGAAAUAAAUAAAUUUGUGAUGCAUAGAGCGGGCACCUGUCGUGUUGGCGCCUAGUUGUAGUUUUCAAGUGGCGCAUGACAAAUUUGGGUAGAGCUGAAAUCCAGUUUGUAAUGCUGUUUGGGUAAGGGAGACGCCUGCCGUCAUGCUGCUUCAGCAGCUCAAUUUCUACCCCGCAACAGGCUUGCAAUCUGCAUCCCUUGCGUCCUCUGCAAUAGAGGCAAUUGCUGCGUUGCAUUUUAUGCAUCACAAACUAUUUCAACUGUGACGAGUUCGAUUCUGACGCUGCCAUAAACUGGACGACGAGGGUGAGGAAACGGGGAAGUUCGUGAAGAAGACGGGCCCCUGGAACCAGGUCAACGUCGUCAAGUACACUACGGAC